AUGUCACAAAAUCAAUUGCUUUUCUUUGAUGCCAUUGAGAAGGGACACACUUCAAUAGUACUCAAACUUCUACGAAAUCAGUUCAAUAUAAACGUGAAGGAUAUCCAUGGUAGAACGCCAUUGAUGAUUGCAGCUAAAAAUGGCCGACGUGAUAUUGUUAAGAUUUUAUUAGAUUAUGUCGGAGCAGCGAAUAUUGAAGCGGACAUUGGUGGAAAGACAGCACUACAUUAUGCAGCUGAAAAUUCAGAGCUAUCUGUAGUAAAAAUUCUAUCGAAACAUCAAUCUGCGUCGAUGGCUAUGAAAACAACACAGACACAACUUCUACCACUUGAUUAUGCUCUUGGCAAUCAGAAUAUUUAUGCACCAUUGAAUAAAUACAGCCAAGGUCGACAAGUGAGUGCCGGUGAAACUGAUGAUGAUGAUGAUGAUGCUCCAAAAGCUGGUAUUUAUGUAAAAAGCACGAAAAAAGGUAGUGGUAAGAAGAAGGGAGGCAAAAAAUCAGGAUCAAAAAAGAAAAAGAAAGGUGGCAAAAAGAAAAAAUGA